AUGUUUGAAGGGAAGGAGAAGCGGCUGGAACUGAUCCGAGAGCUGCGCACCACUCACGCGCUCCAGGAAGACGGACAGCUGCUUUUGAAGGCAGAGGAGCAAAUGACACUGGCUCUACAGCAACAGCAUGACUUGCAAAUGCACAAGCUGUCAUCAGCGGAAAAGCGCUUGGCCAGGGAAGAGGGAAGAGUACUGGCGAACAUAUUUGAUUUCCUGUCCAAAGAGCUGGUGAGGCUGCAGGAAGAACGGAAGAUCCACGCUUUUGUUAUGCUGGCUGAGAGGCAGAGGCGGAUGCGGGAAGCAGAGGAGAGCGGACGACGUCAGGUGGAAGAGAGGAGGUGUCAGGAAGAAGAUGAAUUUUUCAAGCAGGUGGUGAAAAUGCAGCAGAGCACUAUUGACUCCUACUUGGAAGACAUUAUCCUAAGCAGCAUGGAGAGCACAGCCGAGGAGCAAGCCAGGGAAGAGGUUCAGAGAAUGGCUGUAGAAAUCAAUGACAUUGCUUACGAAAUGGAAAGUCGUCGAACUCACCUACAGUCUGAAGAGAUUGUAGCAGAGCUGGUUUAUGAUUUCCUGAUUCCAGAAGCUGAGAAAAUGGCUAGCAGAGAAAGAGUGAGGCAAUCCCAAAGAAAACACCUCUACGCCGCUCAUCGGAUCAUCCACAGGGGCGUAGAGAAGGUAGUGGCUGAUCUGGCACUGCAUCGGGAGACAUCUGCCAGCCAGACAAUGGGAGAUCCUCCUGCUGGGACAGCUACUGCUGCGUGGAGCAGGGCGGCUGCGGGGCCAAGUGCAGCUGGCAGCACUUGCUCUGCCCCAGUUGCAUGUGAACUAGCGGAACUUCUGCACGAAGAAAGCCCAGGUGAGACAGCAGUGAACCCUCCCGAUGGAUCAGACAAGGAUCCCGAGGUCUCCUAG